CACAUGUCUGGCAGCCGCGCUUCUCUCGAUGAUCCUUCGCUGUUGCACGCCCCUUGUCGAGAGUCGAACCCCAAAAAAUUGGUCAGGAUAUUCUUCUCGGGGAUUUUCUUCUCAGCUGCCGAGCAUCUUUCCGGCCUUCGUCAACGUCGUCCCUCGGGUCUGUGUCCUCUGGCCAACCUCUAUUGCCCGCCCGGAAUCCCAACCAGCCGGCUCUCUGUACAGCCAGCCAGCCAGCCAGUCAUCCUCUACCUGCUGCCCCACACCGUCCUUGACGCCUGCCCGCGACAAUGACCAGCCAGUCCCUGGGUCUUCUUUACGAUCCUGUCCCCUCUGCGGCGACCAUUGCUCUGCGCUCCGCGUUCGCAGCCGUUUUCUACUCGGUGCUCCAUAUCGUCGCCAAGACGAUUGCCGCCCAGAGCAUCCAUCCCAAGAUUUGGAAUGCAUUUUCGAACCGAGACAAGAGCAUUUUGGCGGAAAAAGUUUGCUCGACGGUCAAUUCGCUCUUCAUCGGCGGUGCCGGCCUCUACUUUGUCCUGGUCAGCGAUGCGUUCGCCAAUGCCGACCUGUUCGCAACCUAUCCACCCGAGCUUGACUGGGUGUUCCCUCAGCUGGUUGGAUAUACCAUCUACGACACCGCAACCAUGUAUCUCCAGGGCGACUGGCCGAUGGCCAUGUGGAUUCACCACUACAUGACCCUCUAUGCCACCUUCGGUAUGCCCAUCUACCGACGCCUCGCGGUCCUGGUGGUCUACUUUUUCAUCACGGAGCUGACGGCCUCGAUCCAGAAUGUCAUUUGGUUCCAUCAAAACGUCGAUCCGUCGGCCCUACUCUCGCCCGAGACUGAGGCUGUGGAGCUGCUCAAACUCAAGGCCAAGCGAUCUCGGACGUAUGCCCAGCUGCUGUUUGUGCGGGUGUGCGGCUUCCUCUUCUUCCGCACCUGGGUGGUCCCGUAUUUGCUCUACUUGAUCCCGGUGCUCUCGGGCGGCUGGAUUCCGUUUGUGCAGACCCUGCGCAACGAGCCCUUGGGACUGUCGAUUCCGGCUGUGCUCAUGUUCUCCAUGUUUGGGUACAUCAACGCCGACUGGACCAUCAUGGCAGUGCGAGCAUGGCAGCGCAAGACUCGGGGCACGGCCAAGGAUGCCAAAGAUGCCAAGGAACAAUAGCGAUCGAUCUAUGGAAUGCGGGGGAAAGCGAUGAGCGGGACGCAUAAAGAUGCUGUGGGAAAUCACAUAUCUGCAAUAUCAUUAGAAAGCUGUGAUGACAGCAGAGCAACAAGGGGG